CUGAGUCUGACCUCCAGAAGCAUUAAACUGAUCACCAUGCUACCUCGAAGCAAGGACAAGGACGACGGCGCGGCUGCAGAUGCCACGGCAGCAGCGUCCAUCUGCGAGCUGUGCGACCUGUACACCCGCAACGAUGUAGACGGCAAAUGGACAGAGCUCGCUGAAGUCUACGACCAACGCCGCAAUGUCGACAACUUUCGAGAGAUUCUAGAUCUGAGUGCCCCCAACGCCCGCAUGGGCGGCCUCAACGGUUGGCACUUGGAGCGCAUGGCCGUGGGCGAAUUCGAGCCUGGACCUGGCGCUAAUGCCAACGAUCUGGCUGAGAUCAAGCGCGAGAGUCAGAUGAUCAAGCAGAUGGUGAUGAAGAUGUUGGCCAAUGGCCGCGAUUUCAAGACCAAGCGAGACGAGCUGGAGGCAGCGAUGGCUAAGCAGCGUGAGGCGCUGACGGUCGAGCUGACGGAAGCCAAGGAGUUUCUGGGUCAGGCCCACUUGCUGAGUGCCUCUGACUCGGCGGUGAUCGAGGUCAGUGAGCCUGCUCCUGUGGAAGAAAGACUGCGAGCUACGGUCAAGCACCCAGAGCUCUCGCCGACGGUUGAUCUAACUGCAGCGCCGUCAAUCUAAGUAUGAAGACGGAGGAAGAAUAAAAAAAACAGGGCAGACCACGAGUGCAUUGCCUCCAGUGCCUUCCAAACUCGGUCAUGCUCUAUCUGUAACUUGGUUUGGAGCACCUCCCUCGUUGUUCGCCCUCCUGACUGUCUGUACGUGCCACCCAUCGAGCCAUUGCUACUGCUCUAGUCGACGUGAAGACGCUCCUCGAGAUACUUCACGGCGUCCUUCGUGAUGAUCAGCAAGUCCUUCUGCAGGAUCGAGUAUACGUUGAUCUUGUUCUGCGGGAGUGUGUCCACGUGUGGGAUGUUGCGCGUAGCCAGCACGAAGCUCGACUCCACCUCCUCGCCGCCCACGAAUAGUGCGUGGUCCCAGCCACGGCCACCCAGCAGCUUCUUCAUAUCCUUCGUCUUGGUAAUCUAUAACAUCACGCAGUCAGCACACAAGCAUACAAUCCCCACUUAUUCUCACAGCUACGUACAUCGACGUCCAGAGAGUCCACGACGGCUAGCUUGCCCUCACGGAGUUUAGUAGACAGUGCCACGCGCAGACCCAUGGCACGCACCUUCUUGGGUAGGCUGUACGAAAAGUCGCGCAGCACGGGGCCGUGUACGCGGUAGCCUCCACGCCACUGCGGCGCACGGAUGUCGCCGACACGAGCGCGUCCGGAACCUUUCUGCUUCCACGGCUUGCGCGUGGAGCCGCUCACCUCGGAGCGCGUCUUGGUCUUGUUGGUACCGGCGCGACGGCACGCCAAUUGCCAGCGCACCACACGCUGCAGGAUAUCCACGCGGUCGGGCGCACCGAACACCUCGCCGUUCAUAGUAACGGUGCCCAACUCCUGCGUGUCCUCGGCCAGCGACAGCAUCUCCAGCUCCAGGUCGCCCGACGGAGUCACCUUGACCUCCUGAGCAGCUGGGAUCACACGCGGCGGUGGCAUCGGCUUCUCCUCAGCCAGCGACAGGUUGGCCGGCAUCGUUGCCGCCUGAGAGCUAGCCGCGCGCACUAGACUCGCACGCGUAGCAGACACAUUCAGAGCCGCUACGCCGCGCAGCAGUCGGUUCAUGGAGACGGACGCCAUCACCUCUGAUUCCCCUUUGUGGCUCUCGAUGGAUGGCGUUUGUGAGGUCAAAUAAAACACCCAACAUGGGUGUUUUAAAAAAUUGAAAAUCAUGAAGAACUGGA